UCAGUGAUGCGUAAUUUCCGCGACUGCUACUUAGAAGCAACAUGGCUGGCCAAGGAUGUGAAAAGCGUGGUCUUGAGCAUUUAGACGAAUAUGAACCAAAACAAGCAAAACAUAUGCGUAGCCUUCACGAUCGCAUGGCAGAGAGGCGACUAGUCGUUAUUUUAGAGGGGGCAACGCUGGAAACAGUUAAGGUUGGCAAGACAUUUGAGCUGUUGAACUGCGACCAGCACAAGGGUAUGAUCAUCAAAAGUGGACGAGACCCUGGAAAGAUUCGUCCUGACAUUACGCAUCAGUGUUUGUUGAUGCUGAUGGACAGUCCAUUGAAUAGAGCAGGUCUCCUGCAGGUGUAUAUCCACACUGAGAGGAAUGCCUUAGUAGAGAUCAACCCACAGACACGCAUACCCCGAACCUUCAACCGCUUUUGUGGCCUCAUGGUCCAGCUCCUGCACAAGCUCAGUGUGAGGGCUUCUGACAGUUCCCAGCGCCUGCUAAAGCUCAUCAAGAACCCUGUGUCGGACCACCUGCCCCCCGGUUGCCCCCGCUUCUGUACCUCCUUCUCAGCUGGGGAGGCGGUUAAUGCCCGCACCGUGGUGCCUGAGGAGGGACCAGCGACCGUUGUGGUCGGCGCAUUCGCACACGGAGCGGUGAAUGUGGACUAUACUGAGAAAACCGUGUCCAUUAGUAAUUACCCUCUCUCUGCUGCCCUGACCUGUGCAAAGAUGUGCUCUGCCUUUGAGGAGGUCUGGGGUGUGCUGUGAAGAGGUUGACGGCACACUGCUUCGACGGCUGUUAAUAUGGACAUGUUUCUGAAUUCAGCAAUGACCUCCUGUGGACUGUGGAUUUGUACACUACUAUGAGUGUAUGUACUGUGUGCCCAGCAUGGUGUUUUUACUAUGGCAGUGAUACAAUAUUAAAUGAAUCCUGUUCUGAAGACACCACCUGCAAGAACUUGGGACCAAGUAUUUUCUUCAUUAUUAAGAAAUAUGUUUUAUAAGUGUACCAUUUUUCUGUGAUUAUGCAGUGGAAAUAAACUGUAUAUUGUCAUUA